CAAAUUAAUUCUUUCAGAAAACAUUCUUGUCUAAGAUGGCGAGCAAGGAGAUGGCUGCCAUGUUGGACGAGUUGAUGGGGAGGAACAGGAACGCCAAUCCUAAUGAUAAGAUUCAAGAAAUCACCUGGGAGGACCCCAGCAACUGUAAAUAUUUUCUCGUGGAUUUCUGUCCCCAUGAACUCUUCACAAACACCAAGGCUGAUCUCGGUCCCUGUCCUAAUGUUCAUGACGAUGAAAUGAGAAAACAGUUCGCGGAGGCUAAGGAGUCCAGCCGGAAGUUGUCCGCGGAGGACGAAUUCUUGAGGUUUUGCCAGAAGAUGCUGAAUGAUGUUGGUUUAAAGAUUAAGAGAAGUAAAGAACGUUUAAUUCUCACACAAAUGGAGCAGGCUGCAGCAGCAGGAGUAUCUCCAGCUGAGCAGGAGGAGCUUGAGGAGAAGAUAAAUGUUCUCACCGACAAGAUAAAUGUACUCGUCGACCAGGCAGAGAAAGCUGGGUGUGAGGGGGACGUGGAUGAAGCACAGAAUCUUCUUAAGUCAGACAAGUAUGGACCACAGAAGGCAAUGGAGGUUUGUGAAAUCUGCGGUGCAUUCCUGGUCAUCGGAGAUCCAAACGUUAAACUAGAUCUCACCACCGCUAACAAGAUAAAGAAAUGGCAAGAUGACCAUUUGAUGGGGAAGAUGCACGUUGGAUACGCUAGACUUAAGGCUAGUGUGGAUACUUUAAUGGAGGAGAGAAGGAAGAGAAGAGAGGAGAUGGAUAAAGAGAGGGAGGAGCAAAUGGAGGAGCGGCGGAAAAAACGAGAGAAAUCUAAAUCUGAGGCUAAGGAAGGCGAUGGAGAUAAAAAGCGAAGCCGGAGCAGGGAUCGUAAACGAUCUAAAGAAAGAAAGCGAUCCCGAUCUAAGAGCAGGGAUCGACGCAGAUCUCGUAGUCGUGAUCGACGUCGCCGAUCACGGUCUCGUGAUCGUAAACGACGGAGCAGGAGUCGUAGUAGAGAUCAUAGAAGAUCGAGAGAUAGAAGAUACUGAUCUCACGAAUUUUUGUGUUUAUCCGAGUUUCUGCGGUUCAAGAAAUCCUAUCACCGUCCUCAAAACAACAUUAUUUUAAUUUUGGUCUUCGUCAAAACUGUGAAUUCGUGAAGGAUAAAAAGUCCAUGUUACUUCAAAUUGGUUUUGCCCCAUUGUUAUCUAAGUUCUUUUAAACUGCUUUUUAUUUUAGCUCAUAACUUCUGCAUUCAAAGCAAACCUCUUCUUUAUCCAAUACAAACCAAAUAUUCAUUUGAAUUCCAACUUUUGAUGAUCUAUCUAUUCUUUAUCCAAUACAAACCAAAUAUUCAUUUGAAUUCCAACUUUUGAUGAUCUAUCUCUUCUUUAUCCAGUACAAACCAAAUAUUCCUUUGAAUUCCAACUUUGAUGAUCUAUCUCUUCCUUAUCCUACACAAACCAAAUAUUCAUUUGAAUUCUAACUUUUGAUGAUCUAUCUCUUCUUUAUCCAGUACAAACCAAAUAUUCAUUUGAAUUCCAACUUUGAUGAUCUAUAAAUAAUUUUGUGUUCUUGUUGACUCGGAAAACUGAACGGAUAUUCAAUAAACCCCUGAAACAAUGAUUUUAUCGUAUUUGUAUGCAAGACAUCAAAUGGCGCCAUUUUUUAGGUGGUUGUUGAAACCCAAUAUUUAUAAAUCUGUAACAUUAUGUUAGGACCGAGGAAGGGAUAUCGUCAUAUUGGCGGUAAAUUUAAUCCACAACCUCACGUGCAAACUUGUAUCUUUUUUUCGAACUGCGAAAUAUACUGUGUUAGUAAUAAUA